AAUACAUAAACAAAAUUCCAGAAAUUUACGUAGAAAAUCUUUAUAUGAACGAUUUAAUGAUUUUCCCUAAUAUUGAAAUUGUCGAAAAUCAAAAUACUGAAAAUACCGAAAUUGCUCUGGAAGAAGAAAAUGGUUGUCUUGAAUGCAAUAAUUAUUAUCAAUUAACAUCAUAUUCUGCUCCUUAUGACGAAAAUUUUUCUUCUCCACCGUCAGAAAACUUCGAAAUUUAUCAAAAAGAAAACAUGUAUAUCAAUUAUACCAAUUAUCAACUACCAUCAACAACAAAAAGAGCAUGUACAACUCGAAUUAAUUGGAAGCGACAACAAUGGAUAUUUCGAUAA